CCGGAAUCGGACUUUCAGUCUUUCACCUCCCUCAGAAUACGCGCUAUCUGAUCGUUAUCACGAAACAGAUUAUUUCGUAAAAAGCUAGAAUCGGCGUAGGUCGGAUCGGAAGUCAUAUCAAUUGUAGGCGAAGGAUGGCGGAAGACAAAUACAAUCUGAAGAAUCCAGCCGUGAAGAGGAUUCUUCAGGAGGUCAAAGAGAUGCAGUCUAAUCCUUCCGAUGAUUUCAUGAGCCUCCCUCUCGAGGAGAACAUAUUUGAGUGGCAGUUCGCAAUUCGGGGCCCCCGAGAUUCAGAGUUUGAAGGAGGAAUAUAUCAUGGUCGGAUACAGUUGCCUGCUGAAUAUCCUUUCAAGCCACCUUCUUUCAUGCUUUUAACUCCCAAUGGUCGCUUUGAGACUCAAACCAAGAUUUGUUUGAGUAUAUCAAAUCAUCAUCCUGAGCACUGGCAGCCAUCAUGGAGUGUUCGGACUGCAUUGGUUGCACUGAUUGCAUUUAUGCCAACCAACCCAAAUGGUGCUCUUGGGUCAUUGGACUAUAAAAAGGAAGAAAGACGCAUUCUAGCGAUAAAAUCCCGUGAGGCUUCUCCAAGGUUUGGGAACCCUGAGCGCCAGAAACUAAUAGAUGAGAUACACGAGUACAUGCUGAGCAAGAUUUCCGAGGCAACUACCCCUACUGCCUCGCCCCCUGAAGAACAGACCACACACAAAGAUGGUGAUGCUCAGGAAAUUACGGCUCAGAACACCAUCACAGAGUCUGACGAGGAUGGAAUUGUUGAGGCACGAGAGGAAGCCCCAUUGGUUGCACAUCCCGUGCAGGCAUCUUCCAGAGUGGUUGUUCCCUCCUCACACCAUCAGGAGGAGCAUGCACGACUGCACAAGCCUGAAGUGAGAGUCUCCUCUAGGCAAGCUGAUGACCGUAUGCUUACUUGGGCAGCUGUUGGACUUACCAUUGCUAUAAUUGUUCUUCUUUUGAAAAAGUUCAUGAAAGCAAGCGGUCACGGAGCUGUUUUUAUGGACGAGUCUUAAAAUCUAAGGCAUGGUAAAAUAUGGAGUAAAUUAUUAUUAUUAUUGAGAAUUUGACGGGCCAUCAAAUGUGAGAAUAUAAUGUAAUUACUUUCCACUUGGCUGUCACAUCUGUUUUGCCCCCUUAAAACCUUUAUAUGCAUGUUUUUUAAUUAGAUAUGCUAUAUGCCUAUAUGUAAAAAAUAUGUAACAUGUUGAUGUCUUUAGAUAUUGAGAUCUUGUAAGUUGUAAUCUAAAUAUUUUCAGCUAAUUACACAGUAAGAAAAACUAUUUUUGUUCCUGAUUUGAAUGUUUUGUUGUAAGCUUAACUGCUUUUCAU